CUGGCGUGACCCUGAGCGUGAGGGUAGUACUAGUUCUGACGACGGAUCAUCAGAAUCCCACUUCCCCAUCAGAAAAAGACCUAAGCGUAAAGGAAGUGAUAAACCUAAGAGCAGUCAAGGUGAAAGCUCUUUGUAUUGCACUGACUAGAGCCCAUAGAGCACGACGGAUUUGGUGAUCCCGACAUCAGAAACAUCCUCCCAAAUUUUCCACCUUGUCGUUCUGCCUGGAUCCAUUUUGAUCACGCUUUCACCAGAAGCAUGAACUGUGAGAUUGAGUUUUUUCGACUGUUUCUCAGAAAGGAAAUCCUCUAGAAGGUGGUUGAACAUACAAAUACCAGAUAUGCCUACAUCAAAGUGGCCCAGAAACCAUCCUCGUACACUAAUGAAUAAAGGAGCCUGGACGCCCACCAAGCUUGACGAAAUUGAGAGGUUGAUUGCAUUUAUGGUGUACGCGGGUUUGGUAAAGGUCGACAGUUUCGUUGAAAAUUACUGGAGUGUAAAGACCCUAUACCACGGUCUUUGGGCAAGGACGAUAAUUUCAAGGUGUAGGUAUAAGUCUGUUAUGGCAUUUCUAGACGUGGUGGACCCUGCCACUGAAGACCGCAGCAAUAAGCUGCAUAUACGGUGGAGUCUUUUGUUGCAUUUUUAGAGAACGAUGUCAACAAUUGUACCAGCCGUCACAGAAUAUUGCUGUUGACGAACGCAUUGUCAAAUCGAGGAAUCGGUCAGGAAUCAAGCAGUUAAUGAAAAACAAGCCUACAAAAUGGGGAAUAAAGCUGUGGGUUGAUGUGGAUUCUAUAUAUACAGGGAAGAAGUCCAGAGAUUCGGCACAGCAUGUGCUGGGAUAUGAUGUGGUGAUUCGACUGAUAGAUAAGAAUUUUAAUCAGGGUUACCAUGUAUACUUCGAUAACUUUUAUACUUCACACAAAUUAGUCAGGGACUUAUUCUUGCAUGGUACCCCUUGUACCGGAACGGUCAAGGUAACUAGGGCAGGUUUUCCCCGGUGUCUGAAAAACGUAAAGGACUGGGCAAAAACUGAACGAAUCCUGACAUGACAAGCGUGGCUGAAAUGAAGGCAUUUAUUUUCGCAGUGACCUAUCAGUUUUGAGCUGUUUGGAAUUACCAUGACCACGAAUUUUCCGCCAGAUUUAGUAGAAAAGAGAAAACGGACGAUCCGGGUACUCCAAGUUCUGUUGACGGUGAUGAAGCAAUGUUGUGCACAAAAUGGGAAAAGCCAUUAAAGAUCUCUCUUGGCAAAGAAGAGCUUCAGCGUGGAGAUGUCAUCAAGGUUAAGAUCUACCAACAAACAGGAAGAUGGUCGCGUGACAGUCUCCUUGGAAAAGCUGAGCUUCCAGUAGAAGAUUUGAUCAACAAAAAAAGGACGAAAAUACCUUAUAAAGUGAAUCUGCGCGAUGGAGACAACCAUCCAACAGAGGCUAUAUGCAAGUGCACUAUGGAGAAUAUCUGUCCUGGAGCAGUUGUGAAAGACGAUACCAACCAGAUCAGCGCAACAGUUGAAACAAGCAAUGUGGUAUACGGCGAACAGCCUUUACCUCAGGCUACAGGGCGAUCCCAAUUUGCUGCAAUGGGAAUCCAUAGAAAAAUUUCUUUUCCUGAAAAACAACGCGAUUUUCAGAUCCGUAUAAAAGUCGACGAAGGACGCCAUAUAUUCGGGCGCGACAUUAAUCCUGUAGUAAGAGUUACAGUGGGUGGCGUAAAGAAACAAACAAAAGUUAAACACACAACCAACCAGCCCUAUUACAAUCAGACGUUUUCGUUCAACUUUCACACCAAUUUCCAUGAAUUAUUCGAACAAAGCAUCAGAUUUGAGGUGUUUGACUCACGACGUCUUCGCAGUAAAUCUUUGAUCGGUUAUUACAAGUGCGAUGUUCGUGAAGUGUACAAUUUUGAGGGUCAUAUUGUUCUCCGGAAAUGGAUUGUAUUGGCUGAACCACGAGAAAAUGAAAGAAUUAUGCAGGGAGAUAGCGUGAUGAAAAAGAACGUACAGCCACAAGGAACCGAUGGACAUGCAGUUGGUUUCCUCAAGGUUUCAAUGUGUGUUCUGGAAGCUGGCAUGUCUGCACCGAGUCUGGAAAAUCUACAAGGUUCACCAGAUCAGGACGACAUCGAAAGUAACCUGUUGCAAUUUCCCGGAGUUUCAUUAUCCCCUGCAGUUUUUACGUUGAAAGUUUACAAAGCAGUCGACAUACCGCAGAUGGAUCAUGAGAAUUUAUUGAACCGUCUCAGAAGAAAGAAGAAAGAUUGUGCCGAUCCUUACUGCAUUUUCAGCUUUGCAGGAAUGCAGGCAAAAAGUAGUAUCAAGUAUGAUUCCAGAAGUCCACUCUUUAACGAACAAUUAAAUAUUUCUUUCAAAUAUCCCUCCGUUUGUGAUAAACUGAAAAUCCAACUUCUGGACAGUGAUGUUGGGACCGCGGAUGAUUAUAUCGGCACCAUCUACUUGCCUGUAUCACAUAUAUCAGGAAUGGAAGGGAAUGAAUUUUUGCCAACUUUUGGACCAUGUUUUGUUAAUAUGUAUGGCUCGCCGAGGGAAUACUCAGAUUGGCCAAACAAACACGAAGACUUGGAUAAAGGCAUUGGCGAAGGUGCUGCAUAUCGUGGUCGGGUUUUGGUGGAAUUACAAACUAAACUAGACGUCAGCAAUGGUCUCAAAGUCGAACCAAUUAGUAGUUUCGACAUGGUUCGUGCCCGGCCUUAUAUGGGAACAAAGAAAUUCCGUCUCCUUGCUGUAUUUCUCGAGGCGACAAUGUUGGCGGUGGAGGACUCUCAAGUGGAGUUUGAAAUGAGCAUUGGCAAUUACGGAAACAAAUUGGACGACUCGGUGAGUCCACGUCCAUCAAGCACUACACCUACUAAUCCAGUGUUCGACGGAGGAAAGUACUAUUAUCUACCAUGGGGAAAUUCAAAACCUUACGUCAGGAUUGACUGUGAGUGGGAAGAUGUCUGUUUCCGUCUGGGUGCAUUGAACAAAUUACUAAGAAUGGCCAGGAAAUUGGAACAGCGAAUCAACGAGCUGAAAUCAUGUGCAAGCACACAAGAGAAAGAACAGAAAAUUUUAGAGACAGUUGACGCUCUUAUUGAUGACUGCGGAUCCUUGCCAAAACUUGAUCCAGAAAAGUCUAAAUUGACCAGACUAGAUCAACAGAUGUUUGAGAAAAGAAAGGCUGUCCUGGACUCGGUCGAGGCAGAGUGUGAAAAGUUGAAAACGAACCUCGACGAAUCAUGUCCAAUUGAAAUCCUUGAAAGUUUACUAAAGAGAAUUCAACUGAUUGCAGUCGAGCCCCAGAACAGCAUACCCGACAUUAUAAUUUGGAUGAUAAAAGCAGAAAGAGAGCGUGUCGCGUAUUGUCGCAUCCCGGCCAACGAACUGCUGUUCCGUGAAGAUGAAAGCGAACGUGGAGAGAAAUGCGGGAAGACAAUUGACGUUAAUCUAAAGUUUCCGGGCAACGAAAAGAGCAAUCACAAAUCAAAUUUUGCCGCAAUACUACGACUUAUGAUAUGGUUUGGCCGCGAGGUGCAUCAGGUAGAAUGGAAAGAGCUGGAGAAAACUGGCGGUCAACUGUCGUUGUUUGCAGAAACGUAUGAAAAUCAGACCUGUUAUGGGCUAAAAUGGAGCAGCAGCAACCUAAGUCGUCCUGCAUUUUCCAAUUCAAACGGAACGCUUUCCUUACCCAAAGAAAGGUUUACGGCGCCUGAAGGAUGGCAAUUUAAAGGCGACUGGGAAACUUAUUCCGAGUUAAGCACUCAAUUCAAGGAUAGUGGUUGCAAAACAUUCGUUGAAGACGUGUUCGAAAACGAAUAUCGAUAUGUUCCCGGGGGUGUGUGGCAGGAAAACACUUCCAAAAAAUGGACGGAUAGAUUCGGAAACCUGAAAUUGGAUAACCACAAGGACCCAAUAAAAGACAAAGAUCAGAUUCAGCCCAAAAAGGGAUGGAAAUGGGUGCAGAGAAAAUGGAUGACUGAUGAGGAUCGCGCUGUCGACAGCAAUGGUUGGGAAUACACAGUUGAUGCUUCGUACGGAUCUACGGAUUACGAGGCCACGGAGAAAAAAUUUCAUUUUUGUCGGCGUAAACGAUGGAUAAGGGAACGUGUCGUUAUUGAUUCUGCGGAAGACAGAAGAGAAUUAAAGCCUGUAAACCAAGAUGGAUGGGAAUAUGCAUUGACGUUUAAAUCGAGGUUUCACGCACAAGAAAAGCCGCUUUACAUCGUCCGUAGAAAACGGCUUCGUAAAAUGUUGAUUAAAGAAAAAUCAACAUCCGCAGGGAAAUCCGCAGCAGAUCCAGUUUUUAUAUUGGAGAAUAAGGCCAAAGAAAAGGAUGGAGAGCCUGUGCUUGUAGCUCCAAGUAUUUUCUUGUCCUUUAAAGAUCCACUUAUUUGUCAGCUACGAGCAUACAUUUUCCAAGGAAGGAAUCUUUUGCCUUCGGAUCCUGACGGAUUAGCAGAUCCAUUUGUGCGUUUAUCGUUUGGCAUUCGCAGUGCAAAGUCGAAGAAAAUAAAAAAGAAACUAAAUCCGACCUGGAAUCAAAUGUUGGUUUUGGAAAGCGUUCCGAUAUAUGGUCACCCAGAACAGAUUAUCGAGAAUCCGCCCGAUGUUGUACUGGAACUUUUUGAUUGGGAUCCUGUCGGCAAAAAUGAAUUUCUUGGUCGAGUUCAAGUGGAACCAAAAGUUCUUCAAGAUGAUUCGGAAGAAAAGACACAAUUAUCUUGGCUUGGUGUGUACAAGGGCUCGAGCAAAUGUGGAGAUGUUCUAGCCGGAUUCGAACUUUAUUUAGAUGAAAAACAUUUAGCACCACUCCCAGUUCCGGACGACAGUGGACUGUUUUCAAUCCCUGAUGGUAUUAAACCGGAAACUGAAAGAAAAGCAGUUGAGGUUUUAUGCUGGGGAUUGAGAAAUUUGCGACGUUUUCGCUGGAUGAAAGUGAAAUCGCCGAGGAUAGAGAUCGAAAUUUGUAACAAAAUUGAGAAAAAAUCUGUUUCGAAUGAUUGCAACUACAACUUCGAAGGCGAUCGUGUGCUGUGUUUCGACGUGAAUCUUCCCAAUGACGCCAUUUACUUGCCGGCUAUCACGAUUCAGUUGAAAUCUGGUAGUCACCAGUCCCCAAUUGGUAUAUGCGUGGUAAAAAAUCUUCACGAGUUUCAAAGGAAAAGAGACGAACAACCUUUGUCCAUGCUUUUUGAUGAAGAGAAUCCGUCUGAACCUACAAACCUUAGUAGUAGCCCUUCUGAUGAAGACGGUACUAUAAGUAUCACUGUAGACAGUGGAUCCGAUAGCAAUGGAGAAGCAAGGAAAAAAGCUAAGGCGUCGAAAAAAAAAGAAAAGAAAUGUGAUGAUAUGGCUUGGUGGUCAAAAUAUGAUGCCGCCAAAACCGGAGAGGAAAACCAAUUGACGAUAUAUCCGAAUACUUUAGAAGAAGAAUACGACUACUUUCAAGACCACAUUAAGACGUUCUAUUUUCGAAGAGGAAAAAUGCAAUCUGCUGAUGAAGACGACGAGGACAGCAUUGUUGGUGAAUUUAAAGGAGCUUUGGCAAUUUAUAACCUACCAGACGACUACCAUGAGAAGUCGUUACGUCCACGAAUAUUUAAAGAACAGAAGCUGCAGCAAAUGUUCCCUACUCGCUGUAUUGUGCGGGUCUACGUCGUGAAGGCCUAUGAUCUAAAGCCAAAGGAUUCUGAUGGCCUGUCUGACCCGUAUCUUGUUGUGUCUCUUGGAAACGAAACUUUUAAUAAUAAAAACAGUCAUCUGGAGGACACGUUAGAAGCAGAAUUCGGAAAAGUGUUCGAGUUUGAUACCAUAAUUCCCGAUGCGAAAGACUUAAAGAUCAAGGUCUUUGACUACGACAUUGAUAACGACGAUCUAAUUGGUGAAACAGUGGUGGACCUUGAAAACAGGUUGUUAACGAAACGUCACGCCAUAGCUGGACUUCCUCCAACAUAUAACAUAUCCGGUCCCAACAAGUGGCGUCUUGGGAGCAAAUACACACCGUCGGUAAUUUUAAAGAACUACUGUGACGAUUUUGGUAUUACGCAUCGUUUUUCCAACAGCGAUAAUAGUAUACUAACGCUCAGUUGUGGCAGGGAGGAGCGUUACUUCAAACUCGACCAGUUUGAGAACUCAAAAACAGAUCUAACACAUGCUGGGGAGAACAUGGAACGUCUAUCUUUGCAUGUGUUGAAUUCUUUGAAGGAGAACUAUAGCAUGGUUCCAGAACAUAUUGAAACGCGGGAUUUGACAAACGACCUUUUCCCAGGAUUUUCACAGGGAAAACUGGAGAUGUUUGUUCAUAUCUUUCCGGAAAGGUAUGGAAGACCAGGUCCACCGAUUGACAUAUCACCGCCCAAACCAAAACGAUAUGAGCUUCGAGUCAUUGUAUGGAACACAAAUGACGUUCAACUCCAGGAGACAAAUAUUUAUGGCGACGAAAUGAGUGAUAUAUUCGUAAAAUGCCGAAUGACGGGUAUUGAAGAUGUUCAGAAAACAGAUACCCACUUUAGAUCGCUAAAUGGAGAUGGAAUGUUUAACUACCGCAUGGUUUUUCCCUUUGAAUAUUCAGAAACUAAACGCAAAGUUAUUGUAAUGAAAAAGGCACAUUUCCUAAGUCGUCGUAAAUAUGCCGAAGAAGUACAGCCAUUGUUGAUCAUAGAAAUAUGGGACAAUGAUCUGUUGAGUUUCGACGAUUUUAUCGGCGAUGUGAAACUUGACUUGCAAAACUUACCCAAACCAUAUCGAAAUGCAAAGGAUAUCACUGACUGGCCAUUAUCAGAGAAAACAAAUUCGUUAUUUGACAAAAGAAGGGUGAAAGGAUGGUGGCCUGUUGCUGGAAAGCCGAAAGAAAAUGGGAGAGAGAAAAAAAAAGGAAAAGAUAAAGAAAAAGCGAAAUCCAAUCAACUGGUUCUAACGGGAAAAAUCGAGUUAACCCUCGAGUUGCUUGAAGAGGAGGAUGCCAAAGCAUCACCAGUCGGCAAAGGGCAGUCUGAACCAAAUCGGAAUCCAAUGUUGACAAAACCACGCCGUCCUGAGACAUCAUUCUUGUGGAUAUUGAAUCCGUGGAAAUCGUUCCGAUACGUUAUAUGGCAUCAUUUUAAGUGGUAUUUCGUCGGAGGAAUUAUUUUAAUACUCAUUGUACUUCUCUUUGCUUUAUUCAUCUAUUCUGCCCCGGGAUAUUCGGUUAAAAAAUUAUUUAAUACCUGAUAACCGUACCCAUCGAUGCGCUGUCAAUGGUUGACGUGUAUUUUAAUGUGGAAAAAGUUCUACAAAGAUUUCAAAGCAUCAUAUUCUACAUGCAGGAGUAAUGGAUCGAACUCGUGUGAAAUUGAAUGCAAAUGACAAAUUCUUAAAUUUUUAUGCCAUAAUACACCCGUAGCAAAUUCCCAUGGCAAUAUAUAUAAUUAUAUAUAAUAAUAACAAAUGUACAUGCAUACGUAUGUGGCAUGAUAGCACGCUCAAAUGAGAGAUCCAGUCUGGUCGGAGCUUGAAGCUUUGAUUGUCGUAAGGUAAACUUACUUUAUUGAAGCCUUGCACAGGUAAACAUGUUCACACA